ACAAACUGAUUUAGUCUUUUCGUAGCGUUCAACCUGUAGUAAUGAUGAAUUCUUCACAGAUGUUUUUGGUUAUUACCAUCUUAACGUUCACCUUAGCCAGCGUGUUCACGGAAGAAUGUGGCCAGUACGAGCAGUUCCUUGAAUGUGGGGCCAAGAAUGAGCUAACCUGCGCUGUACGUAAUAUUCCAGUUGACCCGAAUGAUUGCGUUGCCGGAUGCUUCUGCAAACCGGGCUUUUUAAGAGAAUUUGAAGGUGGAACGUGCGUCACAAGAAAAGAAUGUCCCUCGUUUGUUUGAAAUAAACGCUAUUUUAUUUAUGUUCUAUAAAAAUAAAUUAAAUAGUAAUAAGCAUUA